AUGAAGACUGUUCUCUCCGCACUCGUGGCGGCCAUCAUGGCUCGCAUCACUUAUGCCUCUCCAGUCGAUUCUGGCCUCGUUGCUAGGGAUGAGAGUGUGAUCCCCUACCCCAUCGGCCUUCUGGGCUGGGAGGGGCCCCUUACCCCCGGAGGUCCUGAUGUGCACUACGAGGGCGCCGACAUCGAGGCUAUCAACGCCCAGAUCCUCAUCGACGCCCCCGAGGCCUCCAUCUUUGUCAACAUCACUGAGUCCGGUGUUGAACAGAGAGAUAUGCACGACAAUAGCCCUCUCGAAGCUCGCCAGGCUUAUUCUCAAACCUGCGGAGCUGGCCGCUGGGGCCUCGUGUCCCAGAUUGAUAUCCAAACUGGCAUCAACCACUUGUACAACGUCGGUCGUUGCAUCGUGCAGGCGCGUCAGUGCAUCCGGACCACCUGCAACCAGGAUUCGGCCAUUGCGUGGUGCAACGACAACACGUACGCCAUCAACGUCCCCUGCCGCACCGUCGCCGACUUUGCUUCCCUCGCCAUGUGGGAAUGCGUCAACUGGCGCGAGAUCCCCUUCCCGAACCUUCCCUCUACUCAGCGCUUCCACGAGGCCGAGCGCUGGAAUGUUAUUCUGUCGGAAUGCGGCAACUUCAGCCCCGAAUCCAUUCCUCAGCCCUCAUCUCAUAAGAUGGCCUCAUCUCCAGAUGACAUCGCAGUCUCGCUGGCUGCAUAUCGCUCAUUCAUCUCAACGCAGAACCGCCGCGCUCUCGAUGUUUACGUACCAUUCAUUGCCACCGCGGUACCUGACGAUCCAGAAGACGAUGAGGACGUCGAAGAACUCCGCCUGGACGGUCUCAACACGCUUCUUGACACCACCAUCAAAGACUUUGGCGUUUCAGAGCCCAGCGAGAUUCUUACACGUUUCGAUGAGCUGGCGCCGAGGAUUGGCCUCGACGGUACCUACGUGAUGCAAGAGCACGAAGGCACCUUUGAGGAGCGUGACGCUAUUCGUCGCGAGUACCUCUCCGUCAUUGAAGAGAGUCUGAAGCGAAAGUCUAGAGAAGACGUGCGAGAAACCAUUUCGAUUCCCGAGGAUUUUCGCGUGCUGGCCAGGCUCGUUGACGGUAUUGUGGGCUAUGGGCUGCCCGUCUUCCGGAACCGGGCCCACCCGGCCUUCUGGUGGGGUUGCCGAGAUGAUCUAUGCCCGCACGCCGACAGGGUGAUGACACCUGAGGACCUGACGCAGCACGCGGGCCUCCCAGAGGGUUGGCAAAUCGCGGGAGGGUGGGCGCCUGGCACAGGGCCUGAUGCCAACUUCAGCAUUGUGUAUAGCCGCGAGUCUGACGAAGAUCCUUGGAAGUGGAGGUACACUCUUUCCACGCUGGAUCACGGCUUACACAUCUUUGAGACAAUUCCAGGGUUUCUGGCCUGGUACGCGCAUUUCAGGCAGUCCGACGAAGUUCCCGGGCCUGACGAGCUGGACGCCAAUAGUCUCCUUUUCGGCGAAAUCUAG